CUCGGCUCUGUACACCGCUCUGCCUUGCUCUAACUCUCGCACCUCAUAACCUACACCUUUAGAGCAACAUAAAAUCACCGUUAUCAUGUCUUGCCCAGUCAUCGGAACCACAAACUCGGUGCUCCCGCCAAACCACCCCUCCGUCGACCUCAACGUCGAUGGCCAAGUCUGCCCCGUCGUAGGCGCAACCACCGACCACCACCAUAACCUGCACGUCCACCCCCCGAUCCCGGGCGCCUCCACCACCGCAACCUCGUGCCCCGCGCUGAAAUCCGCUGUCAACGAGCCCAAAGCUCAGGCCAUGGACGACGCGCUAUGCCCUGUCGUUGGCACUGCGACCACCGUCCUGCCACCCGACCACCCAGAUAUGCUGAAUGCAGGGCCGGGAGAUGUUUGCCCGGUUACCAAGGCCAGCGUGGGGCAUCACCAGGGGAAGGUGGUGGGGCAUCCAAGUGUAGCGGGCGCAGCCGAGGGCGCUGUGUGCCCAGUUACGGGACAGGGUCAUUGAGAGGUGUGAGAGUUCAUCAUAACGAACGAUACGGACUAGGCAUAUGAAUUCUCGGUUGUUGGAGAUGGAAUACAGAGGGACUUCAGUUUAUACCAUCGGAUAACUCACCGAGACCUUUGGGUGACUGGAGUUGGUUUGUGAAUGAAUCUUAGAUAUUAAGAAUGUUUGCUUCUCCGCG